AUGCUGUAUUUGGAAGAUUAUUUAGAGAUGAUAGAGCAUUUACCUCAAGAAUUAAGAGAUAGAUUUACAGACAUGAGAGAAAUGGAUCUAACUAUUCACAUAAGUGGUAGAGAACGGGCACGAAAAGCUGUUCCAAACCCCGAGAAGUGGAAAAGAGCAAUAGUAAAAAAACGAAGAUAUUGUGCUACGGGAUUCCCCGACUUUCCUACAUGCAGUCAUUCACAAGGGGCAUUUCAUUGCAAGACUUUAACUAUACAAGACAUUCGUAGGUUUUACCAGAAAUUUUACGAAAACAAGGACAAAGUAAGUCAGGGUAAUUUUAUAAUUUUGCACAUAUCAUUGGAACCUAUUCAAAGGAGGAGACUCCCAAAAAAUCCCGCUAUAACCAAUAAGAAGCAAAAAAAGGCGCAAGAAACAAGAGCCAAAUACUUUAUUCCAGACAGGGAAAAAUGUAAAGUGCCUGUUUGCAUGCAGACAUUUUUAAAGUGCUUGAAAAUAUCACGUUUUAGAGUAAAUCGUUUAUCAAAAUAUUUUCGUGAUGGAAUAAUGCCAAAAGAAAGACGAGGUGGAGACCACACGGGUGAUCGCUUUGGUCCUAAAAAGGAAGCAAUAAUGAAAUUUAUAAAUAGAUUUAAAUGCAGUGAAACACAUUAUUGCUCAAACAAAGGGGGCCGUAAAUAUCUCCCUUCUGAGUUGAACAUCAAAAAGUUAUGGAGAAUAUUUUGUGCGGAUGAGAAAUUUAAAGACAUGGGAGUUAAAGAAUAUAACAUGGACGAACUCGAAAAAAGGGUUAAAAACUUUUUCAGUGAUUGUAAAAGAUGUCCUAAUGAUUUAACUCAGUCAGUUGAAGCAGAAUUUCAAGCUAUCAGAAAGGAAUAUUAUAAAACUUUGGAAGAGGCAGAUGAAAAGACGCCAACAGACAGUUCCCCAGAAACUCCAACCAUUAAUACGGAACAAACUACAAACAUUUCCUGCCUCAAAACUUUCCCUCCAUUAAAUCCCAAUAAUUAUAUACCCACCCAGCUCCCAUCAAAUUCAAUUAACCAAAUGUCAACAAAUAACAUAUUUUACAAUAAUUCAAAUAGUACAAAUUCUAGAACAUUUAAAAGACAGAGACCAAAUAGUCCAGAUCCAACAUUAAUUUUGCAGAAUGAAAUUAUAGCUUCCCCUAGAUCUCAAUUACCUACGUGGGAAUAUUAG